AUGCCCGCCUCAUUCAACGCUCUCCCAGCUGAGCUGGUGACGUUGGUCGCAGCCAAGAUAUCGGCAUGCCGCGACAUCUUCAGACUCGCCUUGGCGAACAGAGGCAUCUAUGCAUGCGUCAUUGCAGAGCUCUACGCGCGAGCCUUCGCAACCGGACGCGGAGGAGACGUUCUGCACAAAGCAAUCAGCAAAGCCCACUUGAGAUCGGUGGAGCUGAUGCUGGGUGCUGGACAGGAUCCCAGCAGUGAGUAUUGGAUUGUGGACGCUUGGACGGGUUCAUAUCUGUACCUCGACUCCACCAACCUAGAUCGCGGCUGGAACAAAUACACUUACACGGCGCUUCACCUGGCAGCCAAAAUGGGUUACCGCGCCAUCGUCGAAACUCUCCUCAAGGGAGGUGCGAAUAUCAACAGCACCGCGAAGACGGCAUGCGGGUGCCACAAUCCGGCUCCGACUCCGUUGCAUCUCGCCAUGUGCUGUAACCAGGUCUCCACGGCCCAAGUGCUGAUUGAGCAUACAUUCAGCAACCCUAAUGCCAGCCGCGUGGACAACCAAGGACGAACUGUGCUCCACGACGCAUGCUCCUUUGGUCAGCUUUCCCUCGUGAAGUAUUUAGUUGAGCGAGGGCUCGAGACCAACCUCGACAAGGGCGACAACUCCAAUGAAACGCCUCUAGAUCUCGCUUUCCGGGAACGUCAUAUGGACUGUUUUAUGUGGCUCGUGAGACACGGCGCCAACAUCCAUACUGGAAUCGACGACUCGGGACAUCAGAAAUUGAUGAGCCGGGCCUGCGUCUCACGUCGUUUCGCUGACGCCAUGAUGUUGGUCAAGUUCGCCGUCGACACAUCUUCGCCUUAUGGUCACAGGGGGCUACUUAAUCCUCUACUGAACAUCUGCCUGCAAGCUCCUUGGCCGGACGAAGAGGUAGCGUAUGGGCUGCGCAUGGUGCAUUAUCUGGUUCGAAACGGGGCUGACGUGGAACAUCCGUGGUCUCAAGGCAGAAAUCCAGAAUUGCGUUCCGCCAAUGAAGGCAGCACGCCCCUGAUGCUGGCAGCUGCAAAUGCCGAUACGCAGGCUAUCCAGAUACUCUUGGACGCUGAUGCAAACGUCCAAGCAAGAAAUGAACGGCAACGAACGGCGCUCAUGAACGCUGCAAGUAGCUCAUGUCGACCAAGUGGCCCGGUCCGCUUGCUGCUCGAGUCUGGUGCAAGAGUUGAUGAUGUAGAUUCGGACGGAUCAACAGCCCUCGGUUUGGCUUGUGAGCGCUCCAGGGACCGGGAUAGCCAGCUCCUGGAUUGCAUCGGUAUCCUGUUGCGGUAUGGUGCAGACCCGUUGGACAACCGCCAUCGCCGGUCACCACUCAUGACUGCGAUUGUAGACAAGGAUACAACCAUCGCCAAAGUUUUAGCACCUUCGUGCAAGAAGGAGACCAUAGAUCGAGAAACCAUCUUGGAUUUCUUCGCAACCGUUGUGGAGCGGGAGACGCCGGAUGGUUUGGCCCUGGUGGUGGACCUAGACGUACACCAUUAUCUUUGCCAGGACCUCGGUUAUGCAUCAAAGCUGUUCAAAUGGCCUUUCCAGUUCAUGUCAGAGCCUGUCACAAUACCAGACUCAUCGAAGCCGACAGAAGGGGAGCCAGACGAGGAGGAAGAUUCUCGGGGCAUGCCCUACAUCCCUGCAGUGCCCAAAGUGUCGCAAGAGUACUAUGAUGCUGUGAGCAAGAGCAUCGCACCUGAGGUCGUUCGCAAAUUACCCCCCGCCUCAAAGACGCAUCUUCUAUACGCAGCCCUCGAAUCCGAAGCCGAGCCGCGUGUCAUCAAGAAUUUCCUCGAGGGGGGCGCAGAUCCAAACAUGUCCAUCGGCGGCGGCAUAUUUUGUCCACUUCUCCUUGCGUUUAUAUACCUUUCGCCGAAGCCAGUCGUUGAGCUCCUCCUGGACCAUGGCGCUGUCUUGCAGCCAGUCCCACGGGCCGACCAAGAUUCUGGCGAGGUCACCGGAGUUUGUACCAGCAUUCAAAGCGUCGACAAAAUCCGUCAGGAUGACGAGAUUAUCACGAGCAUCGACGAAACCGGUACCCACAGUAGAUGUGAUAAAGGCGAAGAUUCCGACACAACCUCAGAUGUUGAAGCUAGUAGUGAUGGAAAAGCCCUUUGUGGUGACAACAAAGACUCGAUCCAUGGAGGCAAUUCUGAUACCUGUGAGCAAGACGAUGAUCUUGUUGAAACCAAAAAGGCAUACGUAUACUCACGUUUUGUCUUAACACACCUGACACUCGGUAAGGUCCGUGACCGACUGGCACGUUCACUCAUCGACGGGGACUGCGAGUCCUCACUUGGCGCCGUGUUCCACGCCGCGAACGCUCGACGCCGCUCCAUCUUGCGCGCAAAUGUAGAGCUGUUCAUUGAGAUCGUUGUCUCGCACCUCAAGGUUGCGCGUGUGUAUAGCUUCAGCAGGAUGGACAGCAUCAUCAGCACGAUGGCUCGUCUGGCGAGGCUCAUCGAUGGCCGCUUGAAGUGCACCACGCUGCUGAGCAAGCUGGAUGAAUGGACCAAAAAGUGGUGUGACUACCAACAACGCGAGAGAGCGGCGAUCAAAGCCAAAUCAUGGUGUCUGGCGCAAGACGUCCGCAUUGAGCACGGCCCGGAUGGACAGCCUGUCGCUGCGACGAUUGUGCCGCAGUCCAUCAUGUCUGACAGCGAACGGGCCGAGAAGAUGUACGAGCAAGUGGGAUGGUGGCCACUGGACCUCCCGGACGACGAUGAUCUGGGAGGCGAAACCGUCGAGGAUCUGCUGGUGCCCUCGUGGAGAUUCGGAUACAGGGACCCCUACUCCGGCCUCUGUCUGUGCGGAUGCGCGCUACUUCCCUUUGACGAGUGCAAGAAUUACCAAUACAUGCUCAGGCAGGAGAGGAGAGAGCGUGGGGAGAUUGUCGACACGGAUUCUGAGGAUGAGUAUUGGGAUGACGAUAUGUAG